AUGAAAAUCGAUGAUCAUGAUAAUGAAAUGUUACCCAGACAAAAGCCAUCAACAAUUAUUAAAGAUAUGGUUUUGAUUGGAAUCUGUGUUCUUAUAUUAAUAAUAAUGAUAAUAGUUCUAGUCAUUAUGCGACAACUAAUAAUUGAAUUACUAGCAUUAAUUAUAAUGAGCACUGUUGCAAUAUUUCUUGUUAUCUGUAUCUUGUCACUAAAAUUAUGGAUUAAAUUAAAGAAGAAAAAUGACGAAUCACUACAAUCUAAUCAAAAGAGCAUUGGAAAUUAUAUAGUCAAAGCAACAAGUAUUGGUUUAACUGUGUUAGCACUUCUGUUACCAGCAUCAGUCAUGUCACCACUUGAUUUAGGCUAUGGUUCAUUUGCAACAUUCGUUGUAUUUGUUAUUUAUAUGUCAACUAUUAUUUGGAUAAUAACACUUGUAGUGUACAUUUUCAUUAUUGUAAUUAGUUUUCUCUGGAAAAAAUCUUAUUCAAUCCGUCAACAGGUAUCAAAUGGAACAAUAUCAUUUUUUAUUGGAAGCUUUUUGACAUGUUCAUUAUUCAUGUUAAUAGCAGCCAUGAUAAUAGAUUCUGGACUUCUCGGUUUUGGACUUGGACUUGCACUAGCAUUGAGUCAUACACUACUUGUUGGUGGUUUUGUUGCAGCUAUUCUUUAUCAUUCAAAAAAAAAAAAAAUUAUUUGCUCUAUACUAGCUGUGAUUGGAUGUGUAGGAGUCAGUCUUCUACUAUGGUAUUACUUAACUGAUGGUUAUAGUAUGAGAAUAGAUGUUAUAGUACCAGCAGAAAGAUUUCCACAUAAUUUAACAAAUGAUCCAUCAUUGAAUGGAAACUAUUCUUAUGGAUUUCUGACAUAUGGAAGUGGCUUUGAUAAUAGAAUUGAAUAUGGUUCGAAAGCAUCAAUUAUAACACCAACCAUUGAUUUAUCUUCAAUUAUUACAAUAUCAUCAUUUAAUAAACAAAAUUUUAAAUAUAAUGAAUCAGCUCUUCCAUUGAAUGGUCGAAUAUGGUAUCCGAUCAAUACUAGCAAUGGUCCAUAUCCAAUUGUUCUAAUGGUACAUGGUAAUCAUAUGUCGACAGAAUCAAAUGAAAAUGGUUAUGAUUAUUUAGGUACAAUGCUUGCUAGUCAAGGUUUUCUAGCUGUUUCAAUUGAUGAAAAUUUUUUGAAUUUAGCUCCAUCUUAUUCUUCAAGUAGUUAUGGACAAAUGUCAAAAAUUAAAAAAUAUGAUACUAGUUUUAGAAAACGACCUGAAUUUAUUGCGCGAGCAUUCGUCAUAUUAGAAACAUUGAAACAAUUACGUCUAUGGAAUAGACAAGAAAAAAAUCAAUUUUAUAAUCAACUAGAUUUAUUCAAUAUUGGUUUGAUGGGUCAUUCACGCGGUGGUGAAACAAUUGUUAUUGCUCAUAUGUUAAAUAAAUUAAAAUUUUUACCUGAUUAUCCAACAACUAUAUCAUUGAGUGAUUAUAAUUUUGGAAUUAAAGCAUUAUUUUCUAUUAGUGGUACAGUUGAUGGUUAUAAACCAUUAGGAUAUGACCUUGAAUCACAUGAUGUAACAAUGUUUGGCAUUCAUGGUAUUUAUGAUGGAGAUUUAUUAUCAUUUUUAUUUCAAGGAAAAUUAAAAAAUUUACGAUUUACAUCAAAUAGUAGUAAUUAUAAUUUUAAAGCAUCAUUAUAUGUACAUCAAGCUAAUCAUGGACAAUUUAAUACAAAAUGGGGACGAUAUGAUCUAAUACCAGGAGUAAAUCAAUUAAUAAAUGUUCGUCCACUAAUGACAAUUGAAGAUCAACAACAUUUAUGUAAAAUAUAUAUGUCUGCUUUUAUGAAUAUUGUUCUCAAAAAUCAAACGCAAUAUCGUAUAUUAUUUGAAGAUUAUCGUUCUGGAUUAACUUAUUUACCCUAUACAAACUAUAUAUCAACAUUUCAAGAUUCAAACGAAAUUGUCAUUGCUGAUUUUGAAAAUUAUGACGUUACUACGGGAACAAUUGCUGGUUCAAAAAUCAAUGCUACAAAUUUAUUAUUAUGGGGUUCAGUUUAUGUAAACAUUUAUCGUUCGGCAAUGUUAAUCUUACAACCAAUUGAAAAUUUAGUUGGUAAAUAUGCAAUUCAUUUACAAGCUCCCAUCAAUGGAUCUAGUAUAAGAUUUAUGAUUGGUCGUACACCUGAAGGGCUAGUAGAUAAUUUAACAAUGAUCCUAUGGUAUGAAAAUAGAACAUUUGAUUCUUUUGUCGUACAUGUACUUCCUGCUCUUAGCAAACGCAUAUUUAAACUAAGUUCAACAGAAUAUGUAACUGCUGUACAGACAAUAUCUCUUCCAUUGUUAUUUCCUGUUAUUGGCUUAGAAUUCAUCAUUAAUAAUAUGAAUGCACAAUUUUUGAUAGAUAAUAUAGUUGUUGCAAUGUGA